AUGAGCAGUUUAUUGCCCGUCUUUUUUCUCCUGGGAAGUUCCGCUCGUUCAUCCUCUACUGCAGCAUUUACUGAAAAUGAUUCAUCCUUUGUUUCAACUUCAAAUAUUCUCAAUAUUGACGCGGAAGCCUCCUGUACACUAAAUUAUGUGAUUGACUCAGCAAGCAUUAAUGUGAAAUUUUUUCAAAAUCAAUUAUUUUGUUCAAGUUUAAAAAGAUAUUUAUCAAAAACAUGUAAUGUAGGAAGUGAGAUACAACAACAAAUAGUUGAAGAAGAAGUUGGAAUUCAUAUACAAUUAAAAGGUGUGAAACAAUAUAUAAAAACUGCUCGUGAUGUUCUAGAACGCUUAUUCGAAGCCGUACAAACAAAAGUCUACAAUGCAGAAAAUACGGAUGCUAAAGUUAGAAUUCUUUUUAUUCCAGUUGUCUAUUGGUCAAAACGUAUUUAUUCCGAUUUUGCCAUUAAUGUUAUACAAAAAGUCAUGGAUGAUCAAAAAAUAUUUACUAUAUGGGAAAAAACGCAAAUGCUUUCUGGUUAUUAUGUAGUAUAUUAUUUCAAAAUUGAACCGUUCAGAAUUUCAGAACAAGAUCUUACUAAAAUAUUGUUAAAUAAAAUUAUAUAUAUUGAAAAAAUUGACAUACCAGAUGAGAUAACAAUAAAUUUCAUAAAAGAAAUUGAAAAUUUUAUUUUUAAAACAAAACAACAACAACAAGACUUACAAGCAUUAGAUGUUAUCUAUUGUAAAUAUUCAUUUCAAAUGAAAAUGAAAAUAAGUUUAUUUGGACAACAACAAACAGCUAAAAUAACGAAAAAACAUUUAGAAUGUCUGAUAAACAAACAUCGAAUAAAGUCAUUCAAAAUCGAAAUGAAUUCUACACAGUACAACUAUUUGAUAGACAACUGUUUACAAAAAUUGAAGGACAUUGAGACACAAUACAAAGAUGAUAAUGUCAAAUUACGAAUACGAGAAAAUACAUAUCAUGCACCGCAAUAUUUAAUAGAAACAAUUAAACAAUUGAUUACUAAAUUAAUUUCUUAUACAGUAACAUUUACUGUUGAAAACAUUAUAGAACAUAAUCUUACAUUAGCAGAUAAAGAAAAAUCACAACUGGAAUAUAUCGCACAAAAGCAUAAUUGUAAGAUUGUUAAAAUCGAAAUAAAAACUAAAAGGAAAAUUUGUACAAUACCUAAAGCAUUAACAACAUCGACAAUACCAUCUACAUCAAAAUUGAUUAUUGAGCAAUCUAAUACAUUUUGUUCGUCAUUUUCGAUGAGAAAAGCAUCAGUGUUGAAUGGUUCAAUUGAAAUCCAUAAAGCAAGAAAUUUUAAGUCAUUAAUGGUAGAUGUUGGUGUUAUUUCAAUCGAUGCGGAUGCUCGUAAAGAAGGUCUUGAGUUUAGUAGUGGUGAUGUAUUUGAUGAAACAAAUUCAGGCGAAAAAAUUUUAUUUAUUCGUUGGUUAAAAUCAUCACCAGAAGACAAUCAGCAAACCGUAAAAAAGUCAAUACAAACAUUUCUUUCAACGACAUUACAAACAGUUACUGCGCUUUAUCCUAAUAUAGAAACAAUUGCAUUUUCAACGCAUGAAUGGGAAAAGUAUGGAAAACAAUUGGCUGAGGAAAUAAUACACGAAAUAAAACGUCAGCUUGAAAUAAGACAAUCCUGUUGGACAAUUUUAUUUGUUUUUGAUUGUUUCAAUAAUGAUGAACAAGAAACUUUAUACAAUCAAUUUUCGCAAAUACUUCUCCAGAUACAAACCGAUCAAGAUGGUUAUGCCCAGUUUUCUUGUCCAAUAUCGAGUAAGCAAUCAAAAUAA